UUGUAAACAGCAUACUAGUCCAGUGGUUACCCCAGAAACGACAUCACUGGGCUCUGCUCAGCUGUUCUCGUAAACUCUGGACCUCUUGGGCUUGUCUCUCAUGAACCUGGUCAAAGACCCGGUUUGAGUAGAUACGUCGUGACACGUGGAUGGCUAGUCCAGAUUAGCGAACACGUAGAGGGUCUCGCCUCCCCUGUGUCAGAACAAUCUGAUCGAACAGACCAAAAGAGCCCUUCUCCCUUUCUCUGGCAGUACCUCCCUGUUCAAUAGACCAGCUCUUCCAGGUCUGCACUAAGAUCACUGAACCCAUUGACAUCAGAAACCCUUCCAAAAGUUGGGAGGGGAUCCAAUCUCCCUCUCUGAAUAAGGAGGUUCUCUCACACAAUCUCUAUACGGCGCUGAAUAUUCCUCAUGAUCCUGUGGCGUUAGAGGAACACUUCAAGGACAAUAAUAAUGGGCCAGUAUCCAACCAGGGCUACAUGCCCUACCUUAACAAAUACAUCCUGGCAAAGGCCACAGAGGGGACGUUCAGUAAGGAAACCUUUGAUGAGCUGUGCUGGACGUUGACAUCAAAGAAGAAUUGCAAACCCACCAUUCAACAGGGCCUGUGUUCACAUAAAGACUGCUUCAAACUCUUCUGUCUGUUCAACCUGCUGUCUGAAGACUGUUAUCCAUUAGUCAUCAUUCAGCCGGAGUUAGAGUACCUGCUGAAGAAAAUCUCCAGUGCAAUGAGCGUGGAGUGGAACGGGACGUUACUGGAGGAACUUUUGUCCCAGAAUGCAGCUCUUCAGGACGGCAUGUCAGUGUGGGAAUUCCUGGAGCAUUUGAGUGCUGGCCAGCUUUUGCAUGUUGAGAGUAAGGAGGCCUUCAGUCUCGCCGUGGACGAUGUAUUCAUGGAGAUGUACCACAACAUUAUCAAGAAGGGCUACCUGUUAAAGAAGGGGCAUGUUCGCAGGAACUGGCAAGAACGUUGGUUUGUUUUGAAGCCCAGUAGUGUGAUAUACUAUGUCAACGAGGACCUGAAGGAAAAGAAAGGAGAGAUCCUGCUGGAGGAGGGCAGUGUGGUGGAGAAUCUACCCGAUAAAGAAGGGCGACGCUGCCUGUUCUGUGUGAAGACUCCCAUCAGGACCUAUGAGAUGAGUGCUUCAAACGUGAAGCAGAGAGUAGACUGGGUACAAGCCAUGCAGACAGCACUGAGAUUGAGGGCAGAGGGGAAGAGCUCUCUCCAUCAGGAGCUGAAACUGAGCAGACGCAAGCAGAGAGAAGCCUUUCAGAGAAGCCAUAGCAACCAGAGUAGCCACAGUGAGCCCAUUGCAGCUGAUGCGCUGCAGCACUCUGAUCCAGAGCAGCAGGGGGAGACGGAGAGCUUGGAGCAACACAUCGAAAGCAUCAUUCAGAAACAGAGGGAGGUGGAAGCAAAGCGUAAAGAGGAAGAGAAACAGGAGCGAGAGAAACAGCAGGCAAUACAGAGAGAUCUGGAGAGACAGCUUGAAGAAGCUAAAGAGGCCAAAGAGAAGCUGACGGCUACAUUGACUGAGAUGGAGAAGGAGGUAAAGCAGCAGAAGAAAAGGAUCCAUGAAUUAGAGCUCACACAGGUUAAACUGGAGGAGGCACUCAAUGCUCAGAUUCACGCCCGUUUAGAAGAAGACACAAUCCGUCACGAACUGGAGAGGCAACUUGCAGAGGAGCAGAAGAAGCUUGCAGAGCUUCUCCUCCAUCAGAGUCAGCUGGAAACUCUUGCUGUGAGCAGUCAGGAGGACUGCUCCACCAUCAGUCAGCAAACUGAAGAGAGCAGUCAGCACAACACAGAGGAGGUACCUGUCCAUGAAUCGACUUCCACUGUGACACCACCCAACAUCCAGCAACCAGAGGAGAAUCAGUCUACUACCACUCAGAUGCUGAAACACUGGACAAUUCAGCUUAACCGCCUCAUGAAGCCUAUCACACCAGGAGACAAAGUUGAGCAUCUGCCCGUAAAGCCCACCUGCCCCAGACAAGGCCAGGCCCUCACCAGCAGAGAGUUCAUUGCUAAGGUUCAAACUGGCAUCAGCCCAGAAAAAGGAAAUGCUCCCAACCCAACAGCAACACAAGAAGAGGAAGAACAGGGUUCCUAAAUCUGUAUAGCUGUAAUAGAUUAGAUUAUAAAUGUUUUGUACAGCUGGUUUGCCCUGUGUUUUUAAGUUAGGCUGCAGGUCGAAGUCUUAUUUUAUUAUUUAUGUUCAUAGCAAUCAGCUUUUUAUUAUAUAAUAUGCACAAAAAAUGAAUACUAAAAAUAGAUUCAGGAAGCAUUGAUUUGUUUGAUGGCAGGAGUCAAACAGAUGCUUUAACUCUUUAAAUAAGUGGUUCUCCAUGUCAAUUUUCCCUAUUGGCAAAUAAAAUAUUUAAAGGCCCAUCAAGAUAUGUUUGCUAUAAUAAAGACUUUUUUGUAUACAGAAA